ACUCCUGGGUUCUUUGCCAGCUGUAUGGGGGAGGCCAGGGUCAUGCUUCUCACCUUCGUCCUGCCUCCGUUCCCUCGCCUUUCUCUCCCCCCGCAGGUGGCACGGAGGGUGCGGGGCCCCGAACCCGGCGUCCUCGCCCUGGCAUGAGGGCUCUGGCCCUGCUUCCCGUCCUGGCCUGCCUGAGUGCCGGGGCCCGGGGCGAGGUGUUCAGUCGCUGUGAGCUGGCCCGGCUGCUGCAGAGAGGGGGGCUGGACGGGUUCAUGGGGUACCGCCUGGACAACUGGCUCUGCCUGGCUUUCUACGCCAGCCGCUUCAACACGGGGACCGUGAUGGAGAACUCGGACGGCAGCUCCGACUACGGGAUCUUCCAGAUCAACAGCCGCCGGUGGUGCAGUGACCAGCGCAGCCGCACGCUGGACCUGUGCCAGACACGAUGCCGCGGUACGGCCCCCCUACCCCCAGGGGAGAGGGGGGCAGGGACCCCAGCCCCACAGGGCCACCUUGCUGGGCGAGAUUUACUGACUGCGGACCUAGCGGAUGACAUCAACUGUGUCAAGAAAGUCGUGAUGGACUGGCAGGGGAUGGGGGCCUGGAUGCCGUGGCGCGACCAUUGCAAGGGCCGGGACCUGAGUCACUGGGUGGCUUCCUGCAACCUGUGAUCUGGCCAGAGGACCUCGGCGCCCAUCUCCAAGGACCCAGCUGGCUUCUGCAUCCGGCUCCGACAGCGGGGCUGGGCGAGGGGCCCCCCACGCACAAAGGAGAGUUAGACACCGGGGAUGGGGAAGGGGAAGGUCAAUAAACCUGUCCCUUCGAGCGCCGAGUUCGCUGGGCUUGUGGGGUCCCUGGGGUCGGGGCAGGGGGCCGGCAUGGGGCGAUAGGGUGUCCGGAACGGCAGGGGGCCCUGUCACUGCAGCCAGAGGGACCCCGAGGGAGUUCCAGAUGCUGGGGUAAGGGAAAGAGGAUGGGGAGAGGGGUCUGAUCAGCGAGGGAAGUGUCCCGAUGGCGAAAGCAGCCCCAAAGUGUAUACCAUGUUCUCCCUCUGUGUGCCCCUGCUGCCCCCUGCUGGAGGGGACUGUCCCUGUGGUGUGUGUGUGUGUGUGUAUGUCCGUGGUGCCCCCUGCUGGAGGGGACAGACCCUGCAGUGUGUGUGUGUGUGCGUGUCCCCAUCCCCUGCUGCCUCCUGCUGGAGGGGAGGAGCCCUGCUCUCUGUGUGUUCAUGGCUUCUCUGAGUUCAAGGCCAGAGGAGCCCCGCUCACCCAAUCUGAGUUCUGGAUCUCACCGGCCACCCCCUGGCGCCAGCGCCCCAAUCCCCGUGGCCGAAUGAGACCCACGUAUCAGAGCCCACGGGAGAUGAGACUGCGCUGUGCAGAGAGGUGGAACCGGGGUGCACCAACGCCCGAGGCCCCCCAAUGGCUGGGCAGAGAUUAAGGGAGAGACACCCAGAUAAUCCCGGUGAAUGACCCACAUCCCACACUGCAGAGGAAGGGGAACCCCUUCCCCCUGCCAGGUCCCUGCCAAAUUGACCAGGGGAAAAAUUCCUUCCUGACCCCUGUCAGUGGCCGGUGGGAGCCCUGAAGCAUGAACAUUAGGGACAUAUGAUGUAACCCAGAAGGGAGCCCCAGGGCAGCUGAGCCCUGUCCCUGCUCUCACAAGCAAUGUCGGCCUGUGACUGCCCUCAUCCGCUCGCUUUUCAAAGUAGUUUUUCAAAGUAGCCCCCCUCCUAGUGGGGGGCUGGUCCCGAGCCUCACCCUGCUGAUGAGUAGAAACCGUUUUCUAAUUUCCAGCCUGAAUUUGUUUGUGGCAUGUUUCUGCCCAUUUGUUUAGAUCGCCCCUUAGCUUCCGUCACUCUUCUCCAGCCCCGGGGCUUAGCCCCCCCCCCCCAUGUAGCUAUCGAGAGUAAUCAGAGCCCCCUAGAGCCUUCUUUUUGCUCCCCUAAACAAGGCAGCCUCCCCCAGUUUCCUCCAUCCCCCUGGUCAGCCCAGCUGCCUGGUCUCCGCACCUGGGCUGGUUUGGGUUCCUCUUGCCGAUUUCCUUCCGUGACGUCCUGAGACGUGAGCUGGAGACAUGUGGGCUCAGCAGAACUACCAUUAAGUGGCUCUAUAAAUGGUUAAACAACCGCAAACGAAGAAUCAUUAUUAAUGGAAGGAGGAGGGAUUGGAGGGCGGUCUUGAGUGGGAACCUCCCUCCAGGAAUGGCCAGACUGGGUCAGAGCAAAGGUCCAUCUAGCCCAGUGUCCUGUCUUCCGACAGUGGCCAGUGAAUGAACAGAACAGGGAAUCAUCCAGUGAUCCAUCCCCAGGGCCCAUUCCCAGCUUCUGGCAAACAGAGGCUUGGGACCCCAUCCCUGCCCAUCCUGGCUAAUAGCCAUUGAUGGACCGAUCCUCCAUGAGUUUAGCUAGUUCUUUUUUGAACCCUGUUAUAGUCUUGGCCUUCACACCAUCCCCUGACAAGGAGUUCCACAGGUUGACGGUGCAUUGCGUGAAGAAAUACUUCCUUUUUUUGUAUUAAACCUGCUGAC